GCUUAGUUCCACUAGAAUCCUUGCGCCAACAACCCACUCUGACCAUGAAGUUCUCCACUGCACUCACUGUUCUGUCGCUCGGCGGCUCGACGAAUGCCUUCGUCAACAAUCAAUUUUCCAGCCCUCCCGUGACCGCGUUGGACGCCAGAAAGCCAUUUAUCACCGGAAACUGGAAGCUGAAUCCACAGACGAAGGUACGCUUCGAGUUGUUCUAUUUCUGGUAUUUGACCUUCGACAAAUCGAGCCUUUGUUAGUCUAUUUUUCCCUUUAGGGCAUCUAGCUUUUUCAUUUCCCGCUCAUCUGAUCUGUUUAAACUGUAUCAUGUUUUGUUGAUCCAUAGGCGGAAGCGGUAGACCUUGCUCGCGGUAUCGCUGAUUCGAUCACAGAGGACUCCCCUGCCGAUGUUGGUCUUUUCGUUCCGUUUCCGUUUCUCGAAACUGUGCAGGAUAUUGUAGGGGACAAGCUCAUUGUCGGUGCAGAGAUGGUCACUCCCGAGAUGAAGGGAGCCUUCACAGGUGGAGUCAGCCCCGCCAUGUUGAAGAGCAUCGGAACCGAAUGGGCCCUGGCGGGACACUCGGAGCGAAGAGUUCUCAACGGGGAAUCGGACGAGUACAUCAACGCACAGUGUAAAUUAUUGGUAGAAAAUGACAUGAAUGUUGUUUUGUGCAUCGGCGAGACGCUCGAAGAAUUCGAAAAGUCCCUCGUCGAUGCCGUCUGCGAGGUGCAAUUGAAAAAGGGUUUGGAAGGCAUCAGCGCCGACCAAAUGUCCGCUGUCACCAUUGCGUAUGAGCCAGUAUGGGCCAUCGGAACUGGCAAGGUUGCCACCCCCGAAAUCGCCCAGAGCGUUCACAAAUCAAUUCGUCAAAUCCUUGACAAAAUGUACGGUUCGGACGUCGCUGAAUCUACGAGAAUUUUGUAUGGGGGAAGUGUCAGUCCUGACUCUGUCGAUGGUCUUCUUGMACAGCCAGAUAUUGAUGGCGGUCUUGUAGGAGGUGCAUCUCUGGAUGCCACUAGUUUUGGACGAAUCAUCAAUUUUGAAUCAGCCGAUGUCAUGGCUUAAAUCAAUAUGUAAAUUACUUGCAAGAUAGCAUUAUUUAUUCGACCGACCUAUUUUUUCAUUACGACACAAGAAAACUCCAGACAGUAAAAGUAGUGGUUGAAAUUCCUCCACAGCAAUAUACAUAAUAAUCACAC